GGGGGGCGGAGCCGGCGUGAACGCGGGCGCUGAGGGGGGAAAUGGCGGUGCUGGGGGUGAAGGCCCGGUGCCGUGGGUGCCACCACCUUGGGGACACCGCCGGGGACACAGGGUGGCCCUGGUGGCGUCCCCACGGGCGCUGGUGGCAGCGAUGGGGACACCGGUGACGUCGGGGACGGAGGCAGCACCCACGAGCUGAGGCGUGAGCUGCGCCGGGGCCACCUCUGCGUCCCUCCGGGCCAGUAAGAACCAGCGGGACCAGUGGUAAACCCUGCAGAUUUACGCGGGCUCUGACCAGUAUGGACCAGUUUAGACCAGAUGACUUCCGCUCAGUUGGCCUCGGCGCUGGAGGUGGCCUUGGCGGCCACCUCGCGGGCGCUGCAGGCGCUGGUGGCGCUGGCCGAGGCGCUGGAGACGCCGGCGGCGGUGCCAGCGGCGCGGGACGAGGCUGAGGAGGUGGCAGCGGAGGCCGAGGAGGCCCUGAAGGGGCUGGACGCCGCCCUGGCGGCCGCGCUCACCGCCACGGCGGUGGCGACGCCGGGGCUGGAGGCCCGGGGCAUGUACCGGGCCCUGGAGGCCCUCUCCAACGCCGGAGUCCAGGAGCUGCAGCGGGAGCAGAAGCGGAACCGACGGCAGCGGAAGCUCCUGGGGGUGCUGCGGAACGUCGCCCUGGGGCUGCUGCUCCUGUGCACCCCCCUGUUGGCCUUCGACGCGGUGCGGGAGGCGCUGGGGGUGACCCAGGAGAGCCACCUCGUCCCCUGCCUGGCCACCGUGCUCCUGCUGUGCCAGGUGGCCAUGUGGGCCGCCGACCGCUCCGGGCACCACCUGGCCACCGCCGUCGAGCAGCAGCGUCACCGGGCCACCCGCUACCGCCAGCUGGGCCACGCCGCCGACGAUGUCACCGAGGCCACCCGGGCGGCCUCGGCGGCCCAGGGGACGCUGGAGGAGGUGGCCAACCACCUGCGUCUCCUGGUGGAAGCCGUCGAGCAGGACCUGACGGAGGCCCAGGGCUUCCCCGCCAGCACCCGCGCCUUGGGGACAGCCGUGGUGGCCUUGGGGACGACGAUCCAGGACGAGGAGGGGACGCGGAGGCUGGCGCGGGCGCUGCAGGCGCUGCCCGAGGAGGUGUAGGGACGCCGGUAGCGUCCCGGUCGCCUUGGGGACACGGUCGUCCGCUGCGGGUGUUUUCGGGGCGUCCUGCUGUCGCGUGUUCCCUUUGGGGACGCUGAGGUGACCUCUGGGGACGGGGAGGGUGGCGCCGUCCUCUGUCCCCUGCCCCCAAUAAACUUCGAGGGUGCGCUGA